CUUUUGCUGACUGCUAAGCUGACUGGCAUUCCUGGGGGUAUAUCAUUGUAAUCGCAUCACGGGCGAGGCAUUAUCAAUCAUUAUUAUCUUCUCCAUCUUCAUUGAUCAGAGAGCCCCCCUCUUCUUUGAUCAGAUUAAUCCUUUGACUUCUCGGUGUGCGAUUUCCACCCUCGUCGGAGUGAAAAAAAACCACGGUUGGAGGAAAUCCUUGGGAUCUUUCUAUCCACAGAAUGAACUGAAAAAGAGACAAUUAUUUCCGAAUUGAAGGUUUCUCUCUAACUCCUAUCCCCAAUCGCGAAGUCUCGCGUUCUUUUCGAGCACAUCGCCCACAAUGAGCGAACCCACCAGGAUUCGCAUCCUAGGUCAGGACAGCAUAGUGGCUGAUUUCGGAAUCUGGCGAAACUAUGUCGCCAAGGACCUGAUCAAUGACUGCCCCUCGACGACCUACGUCCUCAUUACCGAUACCAACAUCGGUUCCAUCUAUACCCCCGGUUUCCAACAAACCUUUGAAGCUGCCGCUGCUACCGUUUCCCCCUCGCCCCGCCUUCUUGUCUACAAUGCGCCCCCGGGAGAAGUUUCGAAAUCGAGACAGACUAAGGCCGAUAUCGAGGAUUGGAUGUUGAGUCAGAGCCCGCCAUGCGGCAGAGAUACAGUGAUAAUUGCGUUAGGUGGGGGUGUUAUUGGAGACUUGACAGGAUUCGUCGCUGCGACCUACAUGCGUGGUGUCCGCUUUGUGCAGGUUCCUACAACUCUUCUGGCCAUGGUUGACUCCUCUAUUGGAGGAAAGACCGCCAUUGACACACCAUUGGGAAAGAACCUGAUCGGUGCAAUCUGGCAGCCGUCGCGGAUCUACAUUGAUCUGGAAUUCUUGGAAACGCUCCCAGUGAGAGAAUUUAUCAACGGCAUGGCGGAGGUCAUCAAGACUGCAGCUAUCUCUAGCGAAGAGGAAUUCGCAGCUUUGGAAGACAAUGCUGAGCUGAUCAUGAGCGCAGCUCGCAGCCAACCCCCCUCCGGAAAGGGUCGAUUCGACGAAAUUCAAAAUAUCCUGAAGGCAAGAAUAUUGGCAUCUGCACGUCACAAGGCCUAUGUUGUUUCGGAGGAUGAGCGCGAGGGUGGUCUCCGAAACCUUCUGAACUGGGGCCACUCGAUUGGCCAUGCCAUCGAGGCAAUCCUGACCCCCCAGAUUCUUCACGGAGAGUGUGUCGCAAUCGGUAUGGUUAAGGAGGCCGAGCUUGCCAGGCACCUUGGCGUUUUCAAGGGAUCCGCUGUUGCUCGAGUUGUCAAAUGUCUCACAGCCUAUGGACUACCAACCUCUCUGAAGGAUCAGCAGAUUAGACGACUGACCGCUGGCAAGCACUGCUCUGUCGACCAACUCAUGUUUUACAUGGCCCUGGACAAGAAGAACGACGGCCCCAAGAAGAAGGUUGUUCUUUUGUCGGCUAUUGGUCGCACCUAUGAAAAGAAAGCCAGCGUGGUUCCAAAUGAGGACAUUCGCGUUGUGCUUGCACCCAGCGUCGAAGUGUCUCCCGGCGUCGCAAAGUCACUCAAUGUCACAUGUGCACCACCGGGAUCAAAGAGUAUUUCCAACAGAGCACUUGUUCUUGCUGCUCUCGGCUCAGGCACUUGCCGUAUCAAGAACCUUUUGCACUCUGAUGAUACCGAGGUCAUGCUCAACGCCCUGGAGCGAUUGGGUGCCGCCACUUUCUCUUGGGAGGAAGAGGGUGAGGUUCUUGUGGUGAACGGCAAGGGAGGAAACCUCCAAGCACACCCCAGUCCCCUCUACCUUGGCAACGCCGGUACUGCCUCCCGAUUCCUGACCACUGUCGCAACCCUCGCCACUCCAAGCAGCGUUGACUCGAGUGUUCUCACUGGUAACAACCGCAUGAAGCAGAGACCAAUUGGUGACCUCGUGGACGCUCUCAAGGCCAACGGUGCGGAUGUUGAAUAUGUCGAGAAGAGCGGCAGUCUUCCUCUGAAGAUCGCUGCUUCUGGUGGAUUUUCUGGAGGAAGAAUCAACCUCGCCGCUAAGGUGUCUUCUCAGUAUGUCUCAUCUUUGCUCAUGUGCGCUCCUUAUGCCAAGGAGCCAGUGACUCUGAAGCUCGUUGGUGGCAAGCCCAUCUCCCAACCUUAUAUCGACAUGACGACGGCAAUGAUGAGAUCCUUCGGAAUUGACGUGCAAAAGUCUACCACCGAAGAGCACACUUACCACAUUCCCCAAGGCCAAUACGUAAACCCUGCCGAAUAUGUCAUUGAGAGUGAUGCUAGUUCUGCAACUUAUCCUUUGGCAAUUGCCGCAAUCACCGGUACAACCUGCACCGUCCCCAACAUCGGAUCCAAAUCCUUGCAGGGUGAUGCUCGCUUUGCUGUUGAUGUCUUGCGACCUAUGGGCUGCACUGUGGAGCAGACCGAUACCUCAACCACGGUGACUGGCCCCUCCGGUGGCAAUUUGCAACCGCUGCCUAACGUGGACAUGGAGCCCAUGACUGAUGCCUUCCUUACUGCGUCUGUUCUCGCGGCUGUUGCCCGAGGCAAGGAAGAAAACCACACAACUCGCAUUUACGGAAUUGCAAACCAGCGUGUGAAGGAGUGCAACCGAAUCAAGGCCAUGAAGGACGAGCUGGCUAAGUUCGGUGUCGUCUGCCGGGAGCAUGAUGACGGCCUUGAGGUUGAUGGUAUCGACCGCUCUAACCUACGACAGCCAUCCGGUGGUAUCUUUUGUUAUGAUGACCACCGUGUUGCUUUCAGCUUCAGUGUUUUGUCCCUCGUGGCGCCUGAGCCAACUCUUAUUUUGGAAAGAGAAUGCGUUGGUAAGACCUGGCCGGGCUGGUGGGACACCCUUAAGCAGCUGUUCGCUGUGAAGCUCGAGGGACAAGAACUCAAGGAAGACGAGGCUUCAGCUCUUACUCGCCCUGACAAAGCGAGCGCUUCGAUCUUCAUCAUUGGAAUGCGUGGAGCUGGCAAGACCACUACUGGAAAGUGGGUUGCACGGACAUUAGACCGCCCAUUCACUGAUCUUGACACCGAGCUUGAGAAUACCGUGGGUAUGACUAUUCCUGAACUCAUCAAGAAGAGCGGAUGGCAAGGCUUCAGGGAUGCUGAACUUACCAUUUUGAGCCGUAUGAUGAAGGAGCGCCCAACUGGAUGCGUUUUCGCUUGCGGUGGAGGUAUCGUUGAGAUCCCCGAAGCCAGGCAGAUGCUUAUCAACUACCAUAAGACCAAAGGAAACGUUCUGCUCAUUGUCCGUAAUAUCAAGGAGGUUAUGGACUUCCUGUCAAUCGACAAGACUCGCCCAGCCUAUGUUGAAGACAUGAUGGGCGUGUGGCUGCGCCGUAAGCCUUGGUUCCAAGAAUGUAGUAACAUUCAGUACUACAGCCAGGGUUCAAGCCAACUUGCUCUUGUGUCGGAAGACUUUACUCGCUUCCUGCACACUGUCACCGGAAAGUCCGAUCAUCUUAGUGCCAUGAAGAAAAAGGAACAUUCUUUCUUUGUUUCUUUGACUCUGCCUGAUCUCCGUCCCUCAGCCGAUAUUUUGAAGGCUGUCUGUGUAGGAUCCGACGCCGUGGAGUUGCGAGUUGACCUUCUGAAGGAUCCCGCUUCUGACGGUGAUAUCCCUUCUGCUGAUUACGUGUCUGAACAAAUGUCUUUCCUCCGCAGCCAAACCAGCCUUCCCUUGAUCUUUACCAUCCGAACCCAGGGCCAGGGCGGCCGUUUCCCCGAUGACGCCCACGAUGCCGCAAAGCAGUUGUACGCACUAGCAUUCAGGUCUGGUUGCGAAUUUGUCGAUCUCGAAAUUGCCUUCCCUGACGAAUUGCUCCGCACUGUCACGGAAAUGAAGGGCCACUCGAAGAUCAUCGCGUCCCACCACGACCCUAAGGGAGAGCUUUCGUGGGAAAACAUGUCUUGGAUCAAGUUCUACAACAGAGCACUCGAGUACGGUGAUGUGAUUAAACUUGUGGGUGUCGCAAAGAACCUCGAUGACAACACUUCUCUGCGCAAGUUCAAGAGCUGGGCGCAGGAAGCUCAUGACGUCCCAUUAAUUGCCAUCAACAUGGGUGAUAACGGCCAACUUAGCCGUAUCCUGAAUGGCUUCAUGACUCCUGUUUCCCACCCCAGUCUUCCUUUCAAGGCCGCCCCAGGUCAACUCUCUGCGACAGAAAUCCGCAAGGGUCUGUCCCUGAUGGGAGAGAUCAAGGCCAAGAAGUUCGCCAUCUUUGGUUCGCCCAUCUCAGCAUCGCGUUCUCCGAUCCUUCAUAAUACCCUUUUCGCUCAGACGGGUUUGCCUCAUGAGUACACCCGAUUGGAGACCACCAAUGCCCAAGACGCCAAGGAAUUUAUCCGCUCCCUUGAUUUCGGUGGUGCAUCAGUCACCAUCCCCCUGAAGCUGGACAUCAUGCCAUUCUUGGAUGAAGUCGCACAGGAGGCUGAGAUCAUCGGUGCUGUCAACACCAUUGUCCCCGUGGAUGCUGGCAAGGGCAAGCCUCAUCGCUUGGUCGGCUACAACACCGACUGGCAAGGCAUGGUCUUGUCCCUUCGCAAUGCAGGUGUCUAUGGCUCCAACGGUGAGUCCAGCGCCCUCGUCAUUGGUGGUGGUGGAACCGCUCGAGCAGCCAUCUAUGCUCUCCACAACAUGGGAUUCUCCCCGAUCUACGUUGUUGGACGAGACGCGGCCAAGCUCCAGGGCAUGACCUCGACGUUCCCCACCAACUACAAUAUUCAGAUUGUGCAGGGUCAGGAGAAGUUGGAGAAAAUCCCUGUUGUUGCCAUUGGAACCAUUCCUGCCGACCGACCGAUCGACCCCAGCUUGCGUGAAACCCUCUGCCAUAUUGUACAGCAAGCGCAGGAAGCCGACGGAGACGUUCUUAAGGCUGAAACGAAAGCACCACGAGUACUGCUGGAGAUGGCCUACAAGCCUGCCGUGACAGCGUUGAUGCAGUUGGUUUCGGACCGCGGAUGGCACACCAUCCCCGGAUUGGAGACAUUGGUCGGCCAGGGAGUGUACCAGUUCAAAUACUGGAAUGACAUCUCUCCAUUGUACAGUGAUGCAAGGGAAAUUGUUUUCGGCGCUUAAUAAACCCCCUUACAUCCAUCCCAUCGGGAUUUGUUUACUUUUCGGGAUUUUUCAUUUUUCAACUUUCCUUAGAAAAAAGUGAUUUCGGAUGGAUCUAAAAGCAACCCAAUUUUUU